GAUCUUGACCUCACUAAGGUCUAUUUACAGAAUAUCUAAACGAUAUUGACAUUUUUAAAAACGAUUAUUUGCCUCUAUUGUAAUAGAUUGUUGCUAAAACAAAUAGUAUAUAAGAAGGAAGCAUUGGGCGUGCCUUUGUGCUCUUUCCUGCACCUGUCCUGCUGACAUUUCACUCCAACGCACACUUAGAAAAGAAAGUCCACCUGAUUUUGGCUUCACAUCUCACAGUUCCAACAGGUCUGUGUUAUUAUAAUGUCUCAUACUACCAUCACCGUGCAGCCAGGGGUGAAUGUGCCUCCUGGUGUUAAAGUUAACACAUGGCACAGUGGCUUGUGUGACUGCUGUGAGGACAUGAGUGUCUGCUGUUUUGGACUCUGGUGCCCCUGGUGUUUGAUGUGUACUACAAGCCAGGAGUUUGGAGAAUGCCUUUGUCUCCCUCUGCUGGAUAUGUGCUUCGGGACCCUCAUCCCACCUGCCGCUUACUCUGUACGAAGUGCCAUGAGAGAGAGAUACCACAUCCAGGGCACAAUGUGUGAUGACUGUUGCGUGAUGACCUGCUGUAGAAUCUGUGCAUGGUGCCAGAUGGCCAGAGAGCUGAAGUUUCGCAGGCAGCCCCAAGUGUUUGUGAACCCACCGGUGAACGUGACCUUCCAACAACCGCCAAACACAUCCUGCCAGCCGUUGGUGAAUCAGCCCUACCAGCCACCUCCGAUGAAUCCGGCAUACCAGCCGCUGCAGCCUAAUAACCCCCCUGUGUAUGCCCAUUCUUCACCCUGAUCUAGCCCUUAGGGUGUGGGACUGUAAAGAGCUGUUUAUGUUACAAAUAUUCAAUAGAAUUCUAUAACGCCAGUCUAUUUUCUCUAGUAUCUGUUUAUAUAUAUUUUUAUAGUUUUAAGUGCACUUUACUAUGUAUAUUUGAAAGAAUCAAUAUAUCCAAUGUUCAGCAUCUACUUGUAUGUGUUCUUGUUUCGCUUGAAUACCUCAUUAAACUAAUUAUGCCCACUCAUGCCCACUAAUUUAAAAUUUAGCCUUCAUUUAGCCUUCAGCACAAAGAAUAUUAAAAGUUAGUGUCUAGUCUGUUUGUUUUUUAAUUUACAAAGCCAAAUGAUUUUACUGCAGCGACAUUGUGUCACAAUAAAAGAAACAAUAACAGUUGAAAACUUAAAUACACUUUAGAUAAGUGGCAGUAAACAGUCAGUAAGUUAGUAAAUGAGCAAGUAAAGGAUGUUAUUUCCCAACAUUCAUACACUCAGUCAUACACAGUCACUGUCUGACAGAUCACCAGGACAAUGUUCGGAAAUAUCCUGUAUUCGCUCAGUGUCUGAGUAUGCCUUUGUGCUGUGGUGUUGAAUCGCUGGUGAUUAAAUAUUAUCUUCACUUUA